GCAGUUGUAACUUACAACCCACGACCCCCCCUCCUAACAAACCAACUUCUUCUUCCUCAUUCAUUCCCAAUUCCCCUAUUACAUGCAACAUCUCAUAAACCCAAACCCUAGCUCGCUCAAUCAAUCAAUCUCCACUUGUUCAGUUUUUUGUUCUUGAUUUUCAAUUCAUUCAAAGAGAUGAAGGAGAUGAAUAAUCAUAUGGCGGAGAGUGGCCGUGGUGGUGGUGAUAAGAUCAGAGGUUCGUGGAGUCCGGAGGAGGAUGCGACGCUGAUGAGGCUGGUGGAGCAACACGGUCCUUGUAAUUGGGCCGUCAUAAGCACUGGAAUACCGGGGCGCUCUGGGAAGUCCUGCCGCCUACGGUGGAUCAACCAGCUGAGUCCGGCGGUGCAACACCGUCCUUUUACUCCGGCGGAGGACGCCGUCAUCCUCAAGGCGCACUCCGUUUACGGCAACCGGUGGGCCACCAUCGCUCGCCAAUUGCCCGGUCGGACUGAUAAUGCGAUCAAGAAUCAUUGGAAUUCUACUCUCCGCCGCCGGAGCAAGGAGGCGGAUGCGGAAGAGUCGAUCUCGGUGGUGGAGACGGAGGAGGAGGAGGAGUUGGGGGCAAAGCGGAUGAGGUUUCGGACGGUGGUGGAAUGCAAUGCCGCUGCGGCGGCGGCGGAGGAGCGGCGGCGGGAUCUUCCAAAAACGUCGCUGACGCUAUCGCCGCCGGGGGAGUCGCAGGCAGCGAGGGGUGAGGUUGUGAAGAAGAACGAAGAGGCGCGGAUCAUGAGAGGUGAUGAUGCUGAUGAGAGAGAGGAGAGAUCGACGGUGUUGAAUCAUCGGGCACUUAGGAAUAUGAUACGGCGUAUGAUAGCGGAGGAGGUUCGGAGGUACAUUGAUAGUGACAUAGUGUAAUGCUCGCAAAGCAUCAGUAGAAAUCAAAUCAAUCUCACGUAAAUUCACAAUCCUCCUCUAAGGUUAUAGCUUUGAUGAAGAUAGGAGUAGGGAAAAAACCAUGAAUUGGUACAAGUUAUAAUUGUAGAUUGGUAUCUCUCUCUUAUGUUUUGUUUUGUUUUAUGUUGGGUUUAUUGAAAAGAAAUUAAAAUUAA